AUGGCAGAGACCGCACCAGCCGCACCUCCUGCUGAAAGCGCCACUCCUGCCAAGAAGCAGCCGAAGAAGAAGGCGGCUGUAUCUGGGGGAGCCAAGAAAAGCCGCCCAGUAAAGUCCGGUCCCAGCGUGUCCGAGCUGAUUUUCAAUGCUGUAUCCGCUUCUAAAGAGCGCAGCGGGGUCUCCCUGGCAGCUCUCAAGAAGGCUCUGGCUGCGGGAGGUUACGAUGUGGAGAAGAACAGCCGCCUCAAGGUGGCGCUCAAAGCCUUGGUGAGUAAGGAGCGGCUCGUCCAGCUGAAAGGCAGCGGCGCCUCCGGCUCGUUCAAGCUGAACAAGAAGCAGCUGCAGAGCCAGGAGAAAGCGGCCAAGAAAAAGGCGCCAGCAGCAAAGGCCAAACCCAAGAAAGCAGCAAAGCCAAAGGGGACAGCGGCCAAGUCCCCCAAGAAGGCUCCAUCAGUGCCAAAGAAAAGCCCCAAAAAGGUCAAGAAACCUGCGGGCAAAGCCAAGGCCGCUCCUGCAAAAAGCCCGAAGAAGCCUAAAGCCGCCAAGCCAAAGAAGGUAGCAAAAAGCCCCGCUAAGAAAGCUGCCAAGAGUCCGGCUAAAAGGGCCGCUAAACCCAAAGCCAAGAAGGCGGCUGCUAAAAAGUGA